CGUGCCCUUGCAGCCAUGGAUGCGUACUGGGACGGGCCCGAGGGCGAGCAGUGCCCCAGCCGCACCUGGCUGACCACCCGCGUCGGAGCCGCCGUCGGCUUGGUGGGGACGGCCUACAGGAUCAUCCUGCUGCAGCCCGGCUCGGCGCUGGCCGCCUUGCAGAUGGCGACGACUGACACCGUCACCAUGGCCACCCUGGGAGCUGUGUUUGGUGUCACCACCUGCCUGAGUGCCCAGAUCCGGGAGCAGCCAGACGACCCUUUGAACUACUUCAUAGGUGGCUGUGCCACAGGAGCCGUGCUGGGGGCACGAGCUCACAGUUACAUGACAGGCUCCGUGGCCUGCGUGGGGCUGGGCGCCGUGGCCACGCUGGCGAAGAUCAGCAAGCAGAGGGGCUGGAGGCUGUCAGGACCCCCCAAGCUCUAGCUGCCCCCUGCCAGCUGCCCCCUGCCAGCUGUCCCUGGCUGCUGCUGUGCAAUAAAGAUAUUUUCA